UCCUUCCUGGCCGGACGGACGCACUUCCGGCGGAUACGGGUGGGUCGGUCCCGGAAACGGAAGUGAGCAGCUUGGCCGGCCGACUAGAGCGGGCUGAGAGGCUUUCGCAGAGCGGUUUCCAAGAUGAAUGCCAGAGGCCUUGGGUCGCAGCUGAAGGACAGUAUUCCAGUGACAGAGCUCUCAGCGAGCGGGCCCUUCGAGAGUCAGGACCUUCUCCGGAAAGGGUUUUCUUGUGUGAAAAAUGAACUGUUGCCCAGUCACCCUCUUGAAUUAUCAGAAAAAAAUUUCCAGCUUAACCAGGACAAGAUGAACUUCUCCACCCUGAGGAACAUCCAGGGUCUGUUUGCUCCCCUGAAGUUACAGAUGGAGUUCAAGGCUGUGCAGCAGGCCCAGCGUCUUCCAUUCCUUCCAAGCUCAAACCUGUCCCUGGAUAUUUUGAGGGGCAAUGAUGAGUCCAUUGGUUUUGAGGAUAUUCUUAAUGAUCCAUCACAAAGUGAGCUGAUGGGCGAGCCACACUUGAUGGUGGAGUACAAGCUGGGCUUGCUGUGAUGCAGGGUGCCGCUGUGCGGACACAGAAGUGAAUCGUGAUUGCCUUUGCUACAGUCUGAUGUACACGACAUUAAAGAACUGACAACAUCA